UUUCCAUUCCCACCCCUAGCCGCCACCAGCCAUUUUCCAGCAGCCCUUCUUCCCCACGGCAGUAGCUUCUCCCUCACGCGCAGCAGGAAGCUCGGCUCCCUUCCUCCCAUGGCGCCCAGGCCUGCUCCUCCCCUCGGCCAGCCAUGGUGCGGUGCCCCCUGCCCCUCUUCUUCUUCCUCCAGCAGCAGACCACCAGCGCCCCUUCUUCCGUCUCUGUUCCUGGCACAGCGCGCAGGGAGCCGUGCUCCCCUCCAUGGCGAGCAGCAAGCUGGCGCCCCUGCUCCUUCUUCCUCGGCGCUGAAGCUCCUCCCUGGCGUCCAUGGCGCCGGCGUAUCUCCAGCUCGUCCCUCUCCUCCCCUCUGUUUUCCUGUGCGUGCGCAGAGCUUCCAUGGCCGGCGCCCCAAGCUCCAGCCCUUCCCUGCUCCUUGCUGGCGAGCAGCGCAGCAACUCACCCAUGGAUGGCGCCCAGAAAACUCCAGCCGGCUCCCCUCUUCCUCCUCCCCUAUUUCUUCCUCAAGCCAGCAGGCCAUUCCCUCUGCAGUCCAGAGCGCGACGAGCUUCUCUCGCCCCUGCCAGCAGCACGCCAUGGCCGGAUCUGCCCCCUCCAUGGGCGUCCCUUGCUAUUCCCUGCGCCCAGCUCUCUCUAUCCAGCACGCCCCAUUUUCUUCCAUGGAAAAACCAGCAGCGAGCCCCCUCCUCGCUGUCCUCCGUGGUGCCCGCCGGCUGUUCGAGAAAUUGUGCAGCAAGCCGCAUGCUGCCGGCUCGCUGUUUGGUGGAGCCAUUGGACAGCACGCCGUGAUGCCGCCGUGAGUUCACUGUUUUUGCGCAGCCCCGAACAUCGACGUCGUUCACCUCGGUGAGACCGCGACGCUCCUUGUUUGGUUCCGCAUCGAUGUUAUUGUCAUACGAUUAAUUGUGUAUGUGUGCUGUUUUAUUUUUGUGGAGGAGAGAACCACGUGUUUUGCGUGGAGAAGAAGGCAAGCCGCUCGACGCUCGUCGAUGUGUGGAGCAAUGCACAAAGCCGAAUCGCCAUCGUCCUCACAAACACCGUUUGGUUUUGUUUAUGGACCGAGAGAUGAUGAUCGAGCUAGUGAUGUGGUGCCAACCACAAGGUGCAGUUGGUGGACGACCUGAAGAAUGAUGGACAUAACUAGUAGAUGCUCGCCAAGCGAGUACCCUCCCCCAGCAAACACUAUCUAAGUGUUAAAUUAAAG